UCCAUUUUAUCCUUGCAACAAUCCUGUGAGCUUGUUACUUGAGCAACCAUGUCUGGAAGAGCCAGAGCCAGAGCAAGGGGAAGGGCCCGUGGCCAGGAGUCUGCUACACCUACAGUAGGAGUACCUAUGGUUCAGACACCUACUUACAUGCAAACUGCAGCUCAGCAACCUGAACCUGAACCACCAGCAGAAGGAGAACUAAUUGGGCGUGGGCGGCAAAGAAGAGGACCUGUUGCACCAAGAUCGCAAGAACUUCAGAUUUCAGCUGGUUUUCAAGAAAUGUCAUUGGGAGAAAGAGGUGGACGCCGCAGAGACUUCCAUGACCUUGGCGUAAAUACUCGUCAAUCAAUGGAACAUGUCAGAGACUCUAAAACAGGUGCUUCAGGUACUCUGAUAAAAUUAAGCACAAACCAUUUUCGGCUGACUUCUCGUCCGCAAUGGGCCUUGUUCCAAUACCACAUUGACUACAAUCCACAAAUGGAAGCCCGGCGUCUUCGUUCAGCUUUGCUGUUUCAGCACGAGGACCUAAUUGGGCGGACACAUGCUUUUGAUGGGACAAUUUUGUUCUUGCCAAAGAAACUGGAAAACAAGGUUUCUGAAGUGUUUAGUCAGACCCGACAAGGAGAGACUGUGAAGAUUACAAUCACUUUAACCAAUGAGCUGCCAUCUACUUCACCUACAUGCCUACAGUUUUACAACAUUAUUUUUAGAAGACUACUGAAAAUAAUGAACUUGCAGCAAAUUGGGCGAAAUUAUUACAAUCCAAGUGACCCAAUCAGUAUUCCCAAGCACAGGUUGAUGAUUUGGCCAGGUUUUACAACUUCCAUUCUGCAAUAUGAAACAAGUAUCAUGUUGUGCACAGAUGUGAGCCACAAAGUUCUCAGGAGUGAAACGGUUCUGGAUUUUAUGUAUUCCAUGUAUGAGCAGGUGGGAGAACAGCGGUUCAGGGAAAUAUGUGCUAAAGAACUGGUUGGCUUGAUUGUUCUUACGAGAUAUAACAACAAAACAUACCGAGUUGAUGACAUUGAUUGGGAUUCCAAUCCCCAAGCUUCCUUUAAGAAGGGAGAUGGAACUGAAAUCAGCUUUAUGGACUACUACAAAAUGCAAUAUAGCCAAGAAAUCAAAGACCUGAAUCAACCACUUCUGGUGAGUCAGCCGAAGAGGAGGGCAGGCCCAGGAGGUGUCAUGGCAGGUCCAGCCAUACUUGUUCCUGAACUUUGCUACCUUACAGGCUUAACCGAUAAAAUGCGAAGUGAUUUUACCGUGAUGAAAGACUUGUCUGUUCAUACAAGACUUGCCCCGGACCAGAGAAUGCGUGAAGUUGGAAGGCUCAUUGAUUACAUUAACAAAGAUGAUAAUGUCCAGAAAGAACUUCAUGAUUGGGGCUUAAGUUUUGAAUCCAACUUGCUUUCCUUUUCGGGACGAGUUGUUCAAUCAGAAAAGAUCCAUCAAGGAGGGAAAGUGUUUGACUACAAUCCGCAACUCGCAGACUGGUCUAAAGAAACCAGGGGAGUAUCUCUAAUCAGUGUAAAGCCUUUGGAUAACUGGCUGUUAAUCUACACACGGAGAAAUUAUGAUGCAGCUAAUGCAUUAGUACAGAAUCUCUUCAAAGUCACACCAGCAAUGGGUAUACAGAUGAACAAGGCAAUGAUGAUUGAAGUAGAGGACAGAACAGAAGCAUAUUUGAGAACUUUGAAGCAAAAAGUUGAUUCAGAUACAAAGAUGGUGGUUUGCCUUCUCUCCAGUAACCGUAAAGACAAGUACGAUGCAAUCAAGAAAUACUUGUGUACCGAUUGCCCCACUCCAAGCCAAUGUGUGCUCGCUCGGACAUUGAGUAAACCCCAGACAGUAAUGGCCAUAGCUACAAAAAUUGCUUUACAGAUGAACUGUAAGAUGGGAGGGGAGCUCUGGAGUGUUGAGAUACCACUGAAACAACUCAUGAUUGUGGGAAUUGACUGUUACCAUGACACCACAGCUGGCCGGCGGUCAAUUGCAGGAUUUGUUGCAAGCCUGAAUCAGGGAAUGACACGUUGGUAUUCACGCUGUGUCCUUCAAGAUCGUGGACAAGAACUUGUAGAUGGACUUAAAGUAUGCUUGCAAGCUGCUUUAAGGACUUGGUAUACCUACAACAACCACAUGCCUUCUCGCAUUAUUGUGUAUCGAGAUGGGGUUGGAGAUGGUCAGCUGAAAACCUUGGUUAACUAUGAAGUUCCUCAAUUUCUGGAGUGCUUGAAAGCUGUUGGGCAGGACUACAAUCCCAAACUAACAGUGAUAGUGGUGAAGAAGCGUGUGAAUACAAGAUUCUUUGCUCAGAUUGGUGGAAGACUUCAGAAUCCACCUCCUGGCACAGUUAUUGAUUUGGAAGUUACCAGACCAGAAUGGUAUGAUUUCUUUAUUGUGAGUCAGUCUGUGAGAACUGGCAGUGUGGCACCAACCCACUACAAUGUAAUCUAUGACAAUAGUGCGCUGAAGCCGGACUACAUGCAGAGGCUAACAUACAAGCUCUGCCAUAUGUAUUACAACUGGCCGGGGGUUAUUAGAGUUCCUGCUCCCUGCCAAUAUGCCCACAAACUGGCUUUCCUUGUGGGUCAGAGCAUACACAGGGAACCUAACUUGUCACUGUCAGAGAAUCUGUAUUACUUGUGAUCUUACAGGAGUGGAUGAAGAACAGUAUGGGAAGAUAACUUGUAUCGUAGACAUUUUCCUCCCCUUUAGAGAAGUCUUGAAUGUGGAGCUUAAAAAAACAAAACGCUUGUUUCAUCAUGCUAUGCUGUUUCACUUAGUAUUAUGUCAAGCUAUUUCUUGUGACUUCAGCAAGAUGAAUUUUUAGUUGUUAAUGUUUUGUUUGAUAAAAGUGUACUUGGUUUUUUGAACAUGGUUUUUGCUGAAGAACCAUAUAUUUCCAUUUCAAUAAACUGUUAACACAUUAA